AUGAAAGAAGGUAGAAAACAAGGUGCAGCCUCACCCUGUGCUGCAUGCAAACUUCUAAGAAGAAGAUGUGCUCAAGAUUGUGUCUUUGCUCCUUAUUUCCCUGCCGACGAACCCCACAAGUUUGCUAAUGUCCAUAAAGUCUUUGGUGCUAGCAAUGUCAACAAGAUGCUUCAGGACUUGCCUGAACAUCAAAGAGGGGAUGCAGUGAGUAGCAUGGUGUAUGAAGCAAAUGCAAGAGUGAGAGACCCUGUGUAUGGUUGUGUAGGGGCAAUUUCGUCACUUCAACAACAAAUUGAUGUUCUACAAACCCAAUUGGCUGUGGCACAAGCUGAGGCUGUGCACCUACGGGUGCGCCAAACUGCAUCAUCCUUUUGGAACAGUGCAGGACAUAGCCCAACUAGCCCAACCUAUAGUGGCUCUCCAUCUUCCAAAAUCAAUGAAUCACAAGCCAAACAUAUAUUUGAUAUGGACAUGGUGGUGGACCAAGGUGGUUAUGCUGAUUCAAUGUGGUGA